AGGCUACUUUUUCUGAUGGGUUGGCGGUGUUUAAGUUGGAGUAGUUUGUAUUCAUUUUUUGUUUUGUAUUUGGAUUGUUUGGCCUUAGUUAAAUUAUUUGUGGUGGAAGGAAAUGCAUAGCCUGGCUACGACCGCGCCAGUGGCGACGGCUCUGGCUCAGGUGGACAGAGAGAAGAUUUAUCAGUGGAUUAAUGAGCUUUCCAGUCCUGAGACACGAGAAAAUGCAUUGCUUGAGUUGAGUAAGAAGCGAGAAUCUGUGCCUGACCUGGCACCUAUGCUGUGGCACUCUUUUGGCACUAUUGCUGCUCUUCUACAGGAAAUAGUAAAUAUUUAUCCAUCUAUAAACCCUCCAACACUGACAGCACAUCAGUCAAACAGAGUAUGUAAUGCUCUUGCCUUGCUCCAGUGUGUAGCAUCACAUCCUGAGACCAGAUCAGCUUUCCUGGCAGCUCAUAUUCCUCUCUUCUUGUAUCCCUUUCUGCAUACUGUUAGUAAGACCCGACCCUUUGAAUAUCUGCGACUUACAAGCCUUGGGGUUAUUGGAGCACUGGUGAAGACAGAUGAACAGGAAGUUAUUAAUUUUUUAUUGACAACUGAAAUUAUUCCAUUAUGUCUGCGGAUCAUGGAGUCUGGCAGUGAGUUGUCUAAAACGGUUGCGACAUUUAUUCUGCAAAAGAUACUACUUGAUGACACAGGCUUGGCUUACAUCUGUCAGACCUAUGAGAGAUUUUCACAUGUUGCCAUGAUACUGGGUAAAAUGGUUCUGCAGCUGUCUAAGGAGCCAUCAGCUCGCCUACUGAAACAUGUUGUCCGCUGCUAUUUAAGACUUUCAGAUAACCCAAGAGCACGGGAGGCUCUCAGGCAGUGUCUACCAGAUCAGUUGAAAGAUACCACAUUUGCUCAGGUACUGAAAGAUGACACUACGACUAAGCGCUGGCUGGCUCAGCUUGUUAAAAAUCUGCAAGAAGGACAGGUGACUGAUCCUAGAGGUAUCCCCCUUCCUCCACAGUAGCCACAGGACUGGAAUACAAACUUUUCUAAAAUGUCACUUUGCUUUCUCAGAUGCACAUUGGCUCCUGAUUCUUGCCAAGUUGUAUGCCUUGGUCUAUUGAAGGCAUGACCUGGUCGUGUUGGAUUCUGCCUCAGUUUACUCAGCCUGGUGGAUUUUGGAAUGUUACCUUAGAACUGCCAGAAAAGACUGGAUUUUGUCCUGAUAUGUUUAUCUUAGUGGGUCUGAUGCCACUGUGUUCUUUUUUUCAUCAAUUCCCUUGUGUUCUCUAACAUGCACUGCAUAUAAUUUUGGUAUUUACUUGCAUCUUAAGUGAUUGCAUAUACUGACAAGAAAACAGGAUCACUGUCUCCUAGACUUGAGUUUGUUUUAGACUGUUAAUUAUGUAGUGCUGUCUUUUAGUACUGGUAUUUGACAUACCAGCACCUUCCUAUGGCUUUAGACAGCUGCUGAAGUUACAGAAAUGCAUUUAGGAAGAACACAAGGCAACACACAGCAGGUGCACAUAGUGUUCUUUUGUUAUGUAAUUUCAUGUCUGCAGUAUAGUGCCAAGAUAUGUUCGAUGAUUUCAUUCAAGACUUUAAUAUUUUAGUUUAUGUAGUUUGCUGGAAGACAAAAAAAAAACUGAAGGACUAUAAUCCUGUUUUCAUAGUCACCAAGUUCUUAUGUUAAAAUAUAGUAAAUUUAGUAAACAGAUGCUGAGGCGACCCCUAACCGGGAAAAGCCGAAAGACGCAACAAGAAGUAUACAGAUUAAGUAUAUGCAGAAUAUUUUUUCCAUAUCAUUUGGACCUGUGGAGAAGAGGAGACAUUGUAUUUGUGAAAAUAUGUGCAGUCUUUGAACUGAAAAAAUGUUAAGAAUUUUGGACACUGUUUUAUAAGCAUGAAUGUUUUUCUGGAGCAGGCUGCUGCUGGGAGGGGGAACCUUGUUAGCACUGAACUGGCUUCAGAAGCUGGCAUUAUUCUCAAAGAAAAGCAUUUUCUGAAACUCAAGUGUUAUGAAAAGCUAUUUUGUUUUCAGUUGCAGUAAACAUUACAGCAGUCAGGAAGUUAGUGACAAUCCCUUUUUAGUAUAAAUGGAAUGGUUAAAGGCACCUGUAUUAGUGGCCGGAUUGAGAAGAUGUGUACAAUGGUUGGGGUUGUGCAAAUUUUUCUUUGAGACCAGACCUGCACCUCUUUGCAUACACAAUCAGCACUGUGUGAGUACUUGCUAAGUUAUGAAGAUUUUUAUCCCACCAGAGAGAUUGUAAUGUGAGCUACAAGAAACACCAGUAACCAAGAUGAUGUUGGAAGCCCGGAGAAACAACACUGACUGAGUAGAAAUUGGGAUUGUAAAGAAUAUGAAUGCUCUUUCAGGAGACUGUUUGAACCUGUGGAUGAGUAAAGACCAGGUGCCCAUGUAUAUUUUUAAUACUGGAAAACGUGUUCUUAUGAGGCAGUUUGUUCCUUGAUUUUAAUACUUGCACAUAGUCUUUGGCAGGAAAUUAUUUUGCUUUAGUUUGAAACAGCACAUGAUGGGCCUGUGGGUUGUGCUGGUUCUUUCAAGGCCAAUUUAUGAGCUGUGGGCACUUUGCUGUGUAAGCACUGAAUGGUAUAGUAAAUAUGAAAUGCGUUAAACUCUUUCCUGGCAUUUUGUCUUGGAUGUGUGCUGUAUGCUUCCAAAAAUGAGAUGUCUGAAAUGGUCAGUUUUCCUGUAGCAUUUCACUGUGAGGUUUGAUCUGUACUCUUACUGGAAUGCUGAUGUUUGUCUAGUCCCCAUAGAACUUGAUUAGUUUCUAUGUGUUUGACUAGACUCAUGGUACCUCCUGAGCACUGCCUGAAGGCACAUACCUGUAUCAGGCUCAUUUGUAUCCAUUUAUAUUACUUUUACCUGCUUUGCCAUCUUCUGCAACAUGUACAGUCAGCACAGUUUACACAGACUUGCCUUAAGUACCUAACAGGGGAGGUUUUAUGCAUUCUCCACAGUUUCUCCAGUAAAAUUGUUACAACACUGCUUCUGUGAAAAAUGUUCUCCCCUUUGUAUAGUAUAGGAACAUCUGAAUAUCCUUGAAUUAAGGGCACUGAUAUUGCAAAAUGUUUUACUAUCUGAGCAUUUUAAACAUCAGAUACCUUUAUUUUAAUAAUGUUGCAACAUAGGGUAUGGCACAGAGCUGCUGCUGCAUCUGUAAUGGUGUCCUGGUGCUGUACACUCUGCCAGUGACAGUGUUUUGUUUCUGCAGGUUGGAUGUUGCUAUUCUGAGCAAUAAAUUGUUUAAGAAAAA